GUGCAUUGGAUGCGGCUGCGAGAUACGGUCAUACUGGAAUUGUCAAGUUAUUAUUGGAGCAUGGUGCUGAUCCGAAUCGGGGGUAUCUAGAAAAUCAACCGGACUACUUGGAAAGAAGAACAACCUUUAAGUCAUCGAGUAGGUCAUCUAACCCCAAUACAGGCAACACGCUUAAAAACAUUCAUAUGCUGUCUACAAACAAAAGCGACGCUUCUUGGUUCAUGAGAGUUGUUAAAGAACAAGACAUGGAAGCCUUUCAUUCAAUAGAAAAGACGUUCGUUAAAACAUAUGACGAUUCUUCUGAGAGUCCUCUCCAUAUAGUGGCUGUGUUUGGAACCUCCAAAAUGAUAGAAUGUAUGCAAAAGUGGACAGGAGUCGAUUGGGAUAGAAGAUAUGUUGUCCAUGAAAACAAAUUCCAAGAUGCAUCGAAAACACAAGCAGUCCGGAAAGCAACAGCGUUAUACUUAGCAACGUUUCUUGACAGAACAGAGGUGACAGAGUCGUUGUUAAAACUUGCAGGAGAGGACAACAUAAGUAACUGUUUGCAAGAAAUUCCAAUGAGUAACGGAAUGGAACAAAUCUACACGUUGGAACUCGCAGAACGACUCAAACAAAAGCAUUCCGAACUGAAACCAACUGUCAUUCCCGGUCAUCAACGGGACAAAAACGGUGUUCGCUCCCGAGUGUUCAUUGUGUACUCAGUAUCUGUCAUUCAGGCAGAUGAAUAUGACUUCAAUGGACUCGGACUGGUGAAGCUGCAAAACCCGUAUGUUUUCAAAAGAACAAAAUAUUUUGAAUCUGAUAUCAACAUGAAACUAUCUGUCGAAGGCGCAAAGAGAGUUGGAACUGCGAUUCAAAUCCAUCGUGAAAUGCUUUGGAACAAUCAUAGCAAUUUAAACAUCAUCACAGGUAGCAAUGUAAAAUCGCGAACGAACGGAUCUGUUGUUGAGAAAACAGCAUGUGUUGUCCUCUAUUGUAGUACUAAGGGCGUAAUCCCGAUGGGCGAAGAUGAAUUUCCGAGGCAGCUACGUAUAAACAAUGAUGACUCUAUAGACGUUUAUGUCCGAGAAGGAUUUUUCGCAUAUGGUGGUUAUCAAACAUCACCAAGUACCUCGCCUCAUCAAACACUAAAGAUGGGUUGCAAUAUUGGACGUCUGACUCCACAGUGGGAUGCAAGGGGACAUCUACUUCCAAACCUUGGUGGUACCCUUGGUCCAUUUGUGAAAUACAAUGGUAAUGAUGGAUUUCUUACAUGUGCACAUGUAUUGUUUGAUAUACCUUCACCAACGCAUGUUAUAGAUUUCACGGGAGAUAUAAACAAUUUAAUUGAAGUAGUUCAGCCAUCGAUGGAUUCAACUGUAUACCAAUAUGGCAAUGGUGGAACUGGUGGCGCUGCUUGUGGAAUAGUAGAUAGGGCCAGGUUCCUCCCCAAUCUCCCAACCAGCGUUGAUGCUGCAGUUGUGAGGAUAACAGAUCCAGCAAGAAAACCUACCAAUGGUCAGUUUUCAAAUGAAAGACCCAGCAGCUACAGAGACGCAGAUUUUAAAGAACUGCCUGAAUACAACAGUGGAUUAAUGUUAAAAGUCGACGGUAUUAACAGAUUUAGAAAUCUAAAUCCAAAAACAACUGAACCUGUCAUUGUGGUGAAAUUUGGCAGCAAAACCGACGUCACUAAGGGAUCGUUAUGUCCAAGUGCAGCUGACGUAAGGACGUUAUCAACUGUACUGGGAUUGCCGAACGAGGCGGGUAUGGUACCAAUGAUCAACCAAUAUCGUGUGACGGGAAUAUAUCCGAGUGCGAACUUUUUCGAGAAGGGGGACUCGGGAUCAGGAGUAUUUAUUAAAGACAAUAAUGGUGAUUUGCAUUGUAUCGGUAUGGCGAUUGGUACCGCCACUCUCUCGGAUUACCUCUAUCAAGCAGGUGUUGUAACACCAAUAGACGCUGUGCUAGAUGAGCUGGGUCCAAAUCUUUCUCUUGCCACGUUUCCAUAACAAUUCAGGAUUCAUUAUCAAACGUAUGUUUAUCUGAUUGUUUUUUUCUUACUUCAGGGCACAAUACACAAUUUCCGAGUUACUCGCCACAUGCAAAAAUACUUCCGGAUGGCCGCUUUGAGGCAAGGCGAUUCAGUUCGGGUCUUAUCUUUACUUCUCUCGUCCUUGAAAGUUCAUUAGUUGAGCGUUCAGUUGAGAGUUCGCCUCAGAGAUGAGAGCAAUAAGAUAUGUCCCUAGACUAUAACACAACAAAGUCAUCAAUUUGUUUUCCAUGUUUGAAGUCAAAAGAAUACCACCGAACAGUCCUAUUAUAAUGGAUUGGGGCAGAUGACAUAUUAAGUAGACAUGGCAUUUCGGUGAAAUGUAGUUUUAAAUGUAUAGUCCUUUAGUUGGUAUUCAGGAGGACGAAAUGACACCGUAAUGCAAUUACUAUUGGAAAUACAUUUUGAGGAAUUUUCCUCUUUUUUUUUUAAAGAAACAAGACAUUGUGUCUUUUAGUGCUUAAUUUUUUUGAUAGAAAAGCCAUAUUUUAAUUGUUCGAUAACAGUACGUAUAAUUAUAAAAAAAGUCAAAUCGAUCAAUCACGGGAGUUUUUGAUCAAUUUGGCCAAUUAAAAAUCAAUCAUUUGAAUAUUGUUUAGUUGCAGGGAAAGUUAAUCUCCUAAAGCUAGCAAAGUUCUUCCCGUGAAAACUAGACAUUAACAGAUAAUUGUGAUACCUGUAUACAUUU